CACUGAUUGGCAGCACUGAUCGGUGGCACUGAUUGGCAUUGAUAGGUGGCACUGAUGGGUGACAUUGAAAGGCGGCUCAGAUGGGCACUGAUAUGUGGCAUUGAUGUGCACUGGUAUGCACUGAUAUGUGGCAUUGAUGUGGCACUGAUGAGCACUGGCACAUGGCACUGGCACGUGGCACUGACAGGUGACACUUCUGGGGCCACACUGAUCAUCAGGGCACACUGAUCAUCACUCGAGAGGAGAGAAAUGCCGCUAACCGGCAUUUCCGUGUUUACAUGUGAUCAGCUGUGAUUGGACACAGCUGAUCACAUGACCGAGCCGACACCUUCGGCUCUUUCCGUGUUCCGCUGUGUCCGAGGGACACAGCGCACUGGCGAUC